UUAAUCCUAAUCCAAUUCCACCAAGUAGCUUGGGCAGCCCCUCCCUCCCUCCUUCUGAUUGGUGCAGUUGGCCCCAUUUAGUCUUCUCCACCCCUCCAAACUGGCAAAUGAGUGCAAGAAUCAAAAAAGGAAACUUGUGAACGUGAGUUUGGUAUCUAUAGACCAUGGCAUUUGUGGAAACUGUGAUGCCCUCAGUUGGUAUACUGGCUGGAUUUAACCACUUCCAAGAAGUCCAGUCUGAAAUCACAGAGGUGAGAAAUUGGUGGGAAACGAAAGAUUCUCCAGACACUUCACCUCUGGGGUUCUUGGGGGUGACCCAACCUGAUGGUGUUCAGCAAAUCAAGCAAGAGUAUGAUGACACCUGUUGGGACCUUGAUGUCCUCCUGAGAAGCUUCUGUCCCUCCGAGCAAGAUGCUGGGGAUCUUCAUGGGGCACAAGAAGAACAAUCUUCAGUGUCUUCUCUCGACCCAAAAGCAAUUACCCAGGUGAAGAAGGAGGAGAUUAAACAGUGGUUCCCAGAGAGAAGCUGGACUCUGGAUGCUCCCAGAGCCCCAAACUUGGACACCAAACAUUUACCAGAGGAGAACUCUGUGGACUAUAUUCCUCACACGCAUAACUGUGCUCUGGAAAUGAUGGAUCCAAGUAAAUGCUGCAGUCAAAUGCAGCAGUUCCUUGCCCAAACUGACUAUUGGGCUACUGCUCCUGUAGAACAGCAGUAUCAUGGCGAGCCAAAGUACAGAGCCCAAGGACAAUAUUAUCAAAUGACCUAUGAAGCUUAUGUACACCCUGGACCACCUCUGAUGGGCAAACAAGCCUCUUAUAGUCAGCUACCACCUAUAGCAUCCCAGCCACAGCACUAUUGCCUAUUAAGUGGCUACCAUCCUUUCUACUAUAGCCAGUGCCAAGCCCGAGUUCAACUAUACCAGGCUGAUCAGGCACUGCCCCCUUUGCCCAUUUUGGGCCUCUUGACACCUCCCUUGCCUGCUAAGGAAUUGGCAUCAAAGGCUAAGAAGGGUCACAAGUCUUGGCCUCGCAAACGGCCUGUCAGCCAUGCCUGUAGUUAUCCCGGCUGUGGCAAGACCUACACCAAGAGCUCCCAUCUAAAGGCCCAUCUGCGCACCCACACAGGUGAGAAGCCCUAUUGCUGCACAUGGGAAGGAUGUGCUUGGAAAUUUGCCCGUUCAGAUGAGUUGACCCGCCAUUAUCGCAAACACACUGGGCAGCGCCCGUUCAAGUGUCACCUCUGCCAGCGUGCUUUCUCUCGCUCAGAUCACCUUUCCCUGCAUUUGAAGAGACACACAUAACUGAUCUGGAAACUAUGAACUAACUAUUCUAAGUAAAGAGCAAGCUCCAGAGAGUAGGAAAUGGAGGGUGGAGGUGAAGGUGAAAGAAGUCGGAAUAUAAAGAUUCCUUUCCUUGUGACCUCUUGUAUAUAUGCUAAGGGUGUGUGAAAUGGCAGAAAUCUGUUCUGUUUCGUUUCAAAUUUCGAGUGUCCCCCCAACCCCCCCCCCCCAUCCUGUUUUCAGGAAAAUUCUGGGAAAUUAGUAGGGGAGCUGUUUGGAUUCGUAAUUAGGAUCUGAAGUUCUGUUUCCAUUUCGGGAUGAAUCUUCCCGAUAACAGAAGGAAAUUCGAAAAGAAAAGAAAAUGGAUUUCUGCCAUUUUGCACACCCCUAAUUUAUGGACUGAUUUCCUAGACAUAGGGCAUGGCUUUGAUGUCCUCACUGGUAUUUGAAUUGAUAUUAGACAUAAGAUUCCCUUACUGGAGGAUGUUAGAAUCCUAAAUGUGCAUCCAUAUUCUUUAUUGUGCCCUUAUCUGUACAUAUAAUAAAAGUGAAAAUCUGUA